AUGAGCUCCGGCCAGCCUCGGUCCGCCGCCUCGCCGACGCUGUCCUCGACGCCGUCGUCGACGACCUCACACCCGCACUAUCUCAUGUACGACGAAGACGGGACCGCGGCGGACCAGAAGAUGGAAGACGAGCGGGCUGUCCUCGGGGUGAACAGCAUGGUGAACGCUGCCGAACAGGUGGUGGCCGCUGCCGCCGGCAGCAUCCCGGUGGGAGUCGGGAUCGUGAGCGGCUCCGGCACCGCCACCGGCGGCGGCACCGGCCUCGCCGGUUACUGGCAGCACGCGACCACCGCUCCUACCUACUGGCCGUCUCUGUUCGACUGCUGGACGACGCCGCAGAUCGCGUCCGGCUCGCAGACGCAGCCGCGGGACGACGACUGA